UGGCCAUGACUUAUAGAUGAGACUACUGAUGAGUUUUAUUAUGCAGGAAUGGUUUAUCAUUGAAAGUUCUGUUACUUUUACAUGGUUUAUCUGGCAUGCUAAAAGUUUUACCCAAGGGCUAUCCAUAUUUACUUACUGAGUUAUCUCAUAGUUUUUCCUUGUCCACCAUUUCAGGAAUCGAAAUCGAGGACGGGGAAACCAAGGGGAGUGACGAGUUAGAAGGCUAGCCACCCGUAAUUUGAUAUAGUUCUUAGAAAUAAAUCGUGAUCUUGUAUUUGGAGAUUUAUGAUAUUAGAGAAGUUUAAAAUUUGAUCAUCAGAUUUUGUGGAUUGUCAGAUGUGAAUUAGAUAAGUUCCGAGCCUUGUGCAUUUGUGGGACUCGUCUCACGAGUGCACGGCGUCUGUCGCGCCUUGGAUUUGGGUUCUGGGGCGUGACAGAUUUAGUGGUAUCAGAGCUUAGGUUUGAUUAAGAUUUUGUGAUGUGAGAGCCUAGGUUUAAUUAAAUACCUAGGAUGUGUUUUGGAUUUGGCUAGCCAAUGAGUUUUAGAACCGUGGUGAGACGAGUGAUGGGGUUAUGCAAGGGACGAUUCUGAUUUGUGUUGCUUGAAUUUUCUGAUCCGCUUUGAUGAGAUAGUGAUUCAGUUAGUUCCUGUUAUCUGCCCUUAGUGAGAAGUUUUGAAAUAAAUCUUGCUCACUAUGCUCUUAGGACCUUGUUUGAAACUUGGUCCCUUGUGAUGGUAUGUUUGGUUUUGGGUGUGGAAGGAUGUAUAAGGCCUUCCACAUUAGGUCUAUUUGUUUAAGUAUUUAUUUGGGCAUUCAUACAUGAAUGCAAACAUAAACGUACAUGAGCAUAUACACGCAUACAUGCAUGCAUACAUGAGCAUUCAUGCAUGCACACAUCGGCAU